AUGCUGUCUCGGCCAUUAUCCACAGUUUCCUCCUUAGCUGCAAAGGACGUCGACUCGGCGAAGUCCCUCAAUAGGACCAAGUCAGAUGUUGCGCCUCGAACCUCGCAGGUCGAGGUCGAGGUAGCGGGUAUCUAUUAUUCGCACCUGCCAUUUGAAAUCCCGGGUGCUGUGGUGUUGUCUACCCCUUCCAUUUCUACCCUUCAACAAACUGCGAAAGAUGUCCAUCUUCAAAUCAACUCUGAUACGUCUUACGCAAACCAGUUUAUCAUCGUGUUGAACCUAUCCCCACAAGUGCAAGAGCUAAUAGCUGGGGAUCGAAAUCCCCUUGAGGUUCCCUACAGAUUGACACUUGAUGCACAGCACCAGAAAGGAGUCCUUCGAAUAAUGCCGUCAGGAGCUCACGAGCGGGUAACGCAGUCAUUUACAUGUGAACUUGUCGAGAAGCUACUCGACAUGGGAAUUCGUCCAAGAGCUUAUACCUUGAACGCAGCCACCCGGUACCACGGAAACUCAUGUGCUAAGGAAGCCGACCAGUCUCUUACCCCGUCGUGGGAUGCUUCUUCCGCUCAGGAAUGGCCUUCGCUUGUUAUCGAGACAGGUCUUUCCGAAUCAGAAGCGCAACUGCGAGCCGACGCAUAUUGGUGGUUCGCAAAUUCCGACUACAAAGUCAACAUGGUUCUACUCUUUCAUAUCCGAAGAUCCCCUGAGCGCAGAGUCACCAUCAAACUCUAUAGUCUUAGACCAACUACCCCCAGAAUGACCCGUGGACUACAAGCGGAGGCCGAGCGUACUCUGCUAUCCAAUCCUACGCUAUCUCAAACAGACUCCCUAAUAGUGCUGCGUCAUACGGCGGCCCACGAGAUCGUUAUCACCCCAAGCGACGUGAAUGCUCCGCUGGACUCCCUAAUAGCGCUACAUCAUUCAGCGGUCCACGAGAUCGUUAUCACCUCAAGCGAUUUGAAUGCUCCGCUGGUAUUAGAUUUCGCAUCCGUCAUGCGCCGCCGGCCAACCCCUAACACGAGAGAAAAAAAAAAACAUUACGUUCACGGCUGA